AUGGCGCUCAAGACCGGCAUCGUCGGCCUGCCCAACGUCGGCAAGUCCACUCUCUUCAACGCACUGGUCGAGAACAGCACCGCGGAGGCUGCAAACUACCCUUUCUGCACCAUCGAGCCCAACAGCGGCAUCGUCCCCGUCCCCGACGAGCGCCUCCAGGCGCUCGCCGCGAUAUCCGGCACCUCCAAGGACAACAUCGUGCCCACCACCGUCGAGUUCGUCGACAUCGCUGGCCUCGUCAAGGGCGCCGCGGACGGCGCGGGUCUCGGCAACAAGUUCCUUGCCAACAUUCGUGAGUGCGACGCCAUCGUCCACGUCGUACGAUGCUUCGACGACGACGACGUCAUCCACGUCGACGGCAAGGUCGAUCCCCUCUCGGACAUCUCCGUCAUCAACUUUGAGCUCGCGCUGGCGGACAUGGCGCAGAUCGAGAAGAGGCUCGAGCGCCUCAACAAGGGGCGCGCCAAGUCCAACGCCGACAAGGAGGCGGAGGCGGGCGAGCGCGACGCCCUCGCCAAGAUCAAGGUGCUCCUCGAGGAGGGCAAGCCUGCCCGGCUCGCCGAUCUCAACGAGGAUGAGUGGGCUCUGGUGAAGGACCUCUACCUGCUCACCGCCAAGCCGACGAUCUACGCAGCGAACGUCAACGAGGAUGACCUGGCGGAUAAGGGCGGCAGCAACCCGCACGUCGCGGUGGUUCGCGAGCACGCGCAGGAGGAGGGCGCCGAGGUGACCAUCAUCAGCGCGCAGGUUGAGUCAGAGCUGAUCAAGCUCGAUCCAGAGGAACGGGACGAGUUCCUCGCCGACCUCGGCGCGGACGAGGGCGGACUGCAAUCGCUUAUCCGCGCCGCUUACAAGCAGCUCAAGUUGCAGACGUACUUCACCACCGGCGAGAAGGAGACGCGCGCGUGGACGAUCAAGGAGGGUUUCACGGCGCCGCAGGCGGCUGGGGUGAUUCACACCGAUUUCGAGAAGGGGUUCAUCAAGGCGGAGACCGUCGGGUACGACGAUUUCAUCGUCAACAACGGGUUCUCCGGCGCCAAGGAGAAGGGCGUGUGGCGCCUGGAGGGUAAGGACUAUGUCGUCAAGGAGGGCGACGUCCUCGUCUUCAAGUUCAACGUGUAA